CUUUCUAAGAUCAUCGCAACUCUCAACAUCACAAAAAAAAAACCCUUCAGUUGCCACCACAAGAAAGAGAAAAAAAGGAAAACGAAGAGGAACGAUGUCGAAGAAGAUUAUGUUGAGGAGUUCCGAUGGUGAGUUGUUUGAGAUCGAGGAAGCAGUCGCAAGCCUAUCGCAGACGAUAGCACAUAUGAUUGAAGACGAUUGCGUCGGUACUGAGAUCCCUCUCGCAAACGUCAAAGGAACCACCCUCGCUAUGGUGAUCGAGUAUUGCAAGAAGCACACUGGUGCUGGUGCUGAUGCUUCAACCGGAGAGGGCAAAGAGGAACUCAAGAAGUGGGACGCUGAGUUCUUGAAGACUAUGGAACAACACACUCUCUUUGAUGUUAUUUUGGCUGCUAAUUACCUAAACAUUAAAGACCUCCUUGAUAUUUCUUGCCAAGCUGUUGCUGACAUGAUCUCUGGUAAAAACCCAGAUGAGAUUCGCGCAAUUUUGGGCAUCCAUAACGAUUUUACACCGGAGGAAGAGGAAGAAGUUCGCAAGGAGAAUGAGUGGGCUUUUCAAUGAGCCUCUAAUUAGGGUUCUUUCUUUCUCCUUGUGUAUUUUCAUUGUCCUUGUCUUUAUUUGUGUGCUUUCUGAUGUUAGAUGACUUUGUUAUCUUUCUUUUGGAGACAACAAAAAUAAUAAUAAGU